GCUCUCAUUCGAACUUAGAAAGGUAGGCAACAUUCUUCUUCAGUCUCUUGACAGGCUUCCCUGCUUCAAUCUUCGACACGCGUAUCUUUGAACAGCAACGUUAUAAAAACAUCUCGACUCAUGAUGUCUGCUCUACCUAACCCCUUCUUUCAGCUAUCAUGUCGUCGAACUCCUUCUUUGUCAUUGCGUCGAUUCGCAUUCUCAGUGGUUUGUUUUCUACCUUGAAGGGCGUUGCUAUCAAUGCAGGCGUAAUUAUUUGGGAUACGUUGCUGGCACUCUAUAACAUGGUAGCACCUAAAAGGCCUGCGAAUGGUGUCACUCCCGAGGGAUAUCCAGGCGCGAACGGGCUAUGGCCUGCUUACACCCCUGCUCAAAAGGACGAUAGCAGGUGCUCUUGUCCUGCUUUGAACGCUAUGGCGAAUCAUGGCAUCCUCCCUCACUCAGGUCGCGCGAUCAAGUUCAAGGACCUCAGCACCGCAAUCCGUACGACAUACAACUUCGCACCGACGUUCUGCUAUUUCGUGCCGAACUACAUCGCAGGCGUUCUUGACCGCGAUUACUUGACUGACAGUUUCGACUUGAGUGAUAUUGACGUCCACAAUGGCAUUGAGCACGAUGCCUCGCUCACCCGCCACGAUAGUAUAUUUGCAAAGGACCAGGGCACACCGGCAGUCAAGCUCAUUGAAGAACUCCUCGCUAGCGGGACAGGUCCGAACGGGAACCUGACUACUGCAGAUCUCUCUCGGUUCUCUGGAAAACGCAGAGUGGAGGCUAAAGCGGUUAAUCAUCAAUACAGUCUUUCGUUCCUCCACAAAAUGUUCAGCAGCUCCAAUUCUUCGACUAUGUUGACCAUCUUUGGUGGCGACAUCAAGGACCUUCGUCCAUUCCUCUUGGAAGAACGGAUUCCUGACGGAUGGCAGUCUCGUAUAACUAAACCUAUGGGAUUAACCAUUGCUGAGUUCAACUCUACGGUGCUGAGGGUGGAAUUGGGUAUCAAGGAGGAACUGCCUUCUUCUUUCAUAGGAGAUGCCAGUGGGAAGAAGUCUUAACUCGAAAAGGAUGUGACUGUAAAGUACUUGGAUCUUUGAAUUUGGCCGCAGAGGUUCGGAAAUUUCAAGCGCACUCACUGUCGUUAGAUAUCUGCCUUGUUCCAGUAGUACUAUCCUGUGCAUAGCACGUU